ACCAAUUCAAUUCAAUUCAGUCCAAUUCAAUUCUCACUCGUUGUCUGUUUAUGGAGAGCGAAUCGCUGAGUUGAAUCGGAGCGAUACGAGAUCUGACUCACUCUCUCCGUCGUCUAACUCAUGGGCGCUGCCGGCUCCAAACUCGAGAAGGCUCUCGGCGACCAGUUCCCCGAAGGCGAGCGUUACUUUGGCCUCGAGAAUUUUGGCAAUACUUGUUAUUGCAACAGCGUUUUGCAGGCACUUUAUUUUUGUGUUCCAUUUCGGGAACAGUUGCUAGAGUACUACUCAAAUAAUAAAAACGUAGGGGAUGCUGAAGAGAAUCUCUUGACAUGUUUGGCAGACUUAUUUACGCAGAUAAGUUCUCAGAAGAAGAAAACAGGUGUCAUUGCCCCAAAGCGUUUUGUGCAGAGAUUGAAGAAACAAAAUGAGCUUUUCCGCAGCUAUAUGCACCAGGAUGCUCAUGAAUUCUUGAAUUUCUUGCUGAAUGAACUUGUUGACAUACUUGAGAAAGAGGCUCAAGCUGCAAAAAGUGAUCCAGAAACUUCAUCACCACCGGAAAAGAUUGCAAAUGGGCCGAAGAAUGGUCAUGCAAAUGGUGUUAGGAAAGAGCCGUUGGUUACCUGGGUGCACAAAAAUUUUCAGGGAAUACUUACUAAUGAGACAAGGUGCUUGCGGUGUGAGACAGUGACAGCUAGAGAUGAAACUUUUUUUGACUUGAGUCUUGAUAUAGAACAAAACAGUUCAAUAACAAGCUGUUUGAAAAAUUUUAGCUCCACAGAAACUUUGAAUGCAGAGGACAAAUUUUUCUGUGACAAGUGUUGCAGCUUGCAAGAAGCGCAGAAGAGGAUGAAGAUAAAGAAGCCUCCUCAUAUCCUGGUCAUCCAUCUAAAGCGGUUUAAAUACAUCGAGCAGCUUGGGCGAUACAAGAAGUUAUCAUACCGGGUCGUCUUUCCACUUGAACUUAAGCUUAGCAACACAAUGGAAGAUUCAGAUAUCGAGUAUUCACUAUUUGCUGUAGUAGUCCAUGUUGGGAGUGGGCCAAACCAUGGGCAUUAUGUCAGUCUUGUGAAAAGCCAUAACCACUGGUUGUUUUUUGAUGACGAAAACGUGGAGAUGAUCGACGAGUCAGCCGUGCAAACAUUUUUUGGGUCGGCACAGGAAUAUUCAAGUAAUACAGAUCAUGGGUACAUCUUGUUCUAUGAGAGCAUCAGUGCUAGUAGCAAGAGUUGAGUAGAGGAGAUGGAGAGGAGAGGAAGGGCUUUGGUUUUAUUACAAUCAUUAGUUACUUUUUAAUCAUUCGGACUGAGAUUUUUCGUUUUACUGUCGAUGUCUAUUAAUUUUCUUUUGUUUUUUUCAACCUGUGAGAAGAGCUAUGAAUGAGAGGGAGAGAUGGAAAUGGAAAUGGAAAUGGGUUGUGAAAAAUGUAUACUUAGGAUGUACAGUGGAUGGUGGUGGAAGCACACUUCUGUCCUUUUGUUUUUUGUUUAACAAUAAGAGGGAAAAAAAGAGCAGCACAGUGUAUAUGGUGUGUGAGAUUAUCACAGAGACAGUUUGUAUUCUUGCUGUUUGAGAAUGUUAAUUUAACACUAGAAAAUUGCAAUUUGCUCAA